AUGUCCACCGGCGAUCCCUGGUCCUUCUCUCUUCGCAAUUCACUCUCUUGGGACGACGAAUCCCCACAAGGCUCUCCAACUCCGCUCAACCCAUCUUCGUCGCAAAAGUCCGAGGACGACGCGCGAAUACCUCCGCCCAACCCGUUCUCCAUCGCCAAGGUCAACGCCGCCAUUCGUGAUGCCAAUCAGCCCACACUCCCUCCGCAGUCAUCCAGAACCAACAAACCCAACAUUCUACCGCAAAAAGGGGUACUAGCGCUUGUUCGUAAGCAAGCCGACGUUCAGGAUGCAAAGCGCGCACGUGGAUUCCGACCAUCGGGAAAUCCUACACGCAAGGCGUCAACCACCAAGGAAAACGCACCCGAGGGUAGAAACGUUGGAAAGGGACUUGCAAAGGACGCAUCUACGAUUUUAGCUGCCAACGCAGCUCCCGUAAAUGCGCAUACAACCAAGUUCUCGCCGAAAUCCAUAGCACCCCACUCUCGCUCUCUUCUCAAUCCAACGGCUGCCUUGACUUCACCACCUUCUGCCCUCAACAUCGAGUCUCCCCAUCGGUCUCUAGAACAUAGCUCAUCGGGCUUCAACACCACGAUUUCGACCACUCGUUCACGUAUUGAUGCCAUCUUCUCGCCUCGUCGGACAGGAUUACCUUUCUCACAAUCGUCCCGGGAAACCGUCACGGCCAGGGCAACUGGUGCACAGAAGCCUGCUGUUUCUCUUGCGCAUCCUACCUCUUCUACUCCUGGAUCCCAAUAUAUAAAACCGACGACGUCGGGCGGAUCCUCUCUGCCUAGUUCGGCGAACUCUGACGGCCCAUCGAGGACUCUUGCUCCUCAUCCGGUGCGGCCCGGCCGCUUCUCCUCGCCUCUCAUGUCACGUCAACACGGCGCACCUACCGCUCCCGCUUCAUCUAUUCCAGUCGCUGGUGUGAACACGGGGUCAGACAAAUUUAGACAUGAAGUCUCUCAUUCCGUAUCUCGUGACGACUACUCGGAUCGCCGUGCAGACCAAACGUCGGGUGCUCAUCUGGUCUCGAAAGGUCGUUGCCUAGUUGCCUCUUCUCCCGUUGGUGUGAAUACAGCAGUUCCUGGGACCAGUGUUGGCUCCAAUUCCGGUUAUGCACGCGACUCUGCCUCUUUUGAUCUAGGAAAGGCGCGCGCUCAAACCCUUUCUCCGCGACAGCGCCCUGGGAACACCGCACCUCCCCCGCGCAAGCGACUCAGACCCUCCCCACACGGUCACGAAGAUGCAUCAGGACAUGCGGCAUCGUACUCUGAAGAGGACUUUCAUGCUCAUCUGGACUCUGAUCGCGCACUUACGCGAUCUGACCUCGCAUACACCAACGCCCACGAUGCAAGAGAGCUCGAUGGCUCAUACUCGGACCACGACACCCUGCCAGGGCACUCCUUCGCCGUUGACCCAAGGAAUGCGUAUGACUCUAGGAGCGCUAUGGACACUAUUCAGGACGCCGAACUUUCCGCGGAGGCUACUCAAGUAGAUCCCGGACUGCAGGCGCUCGACGAUCCGAUGGGGUAUGAUCUUCAUGAGGCCCCAUCCUCCACAACAUUGUACUCCCAGCUUCACGAAGAUGAGCCCGGAUACUCUUAUGCGCCGAGUCACGAUCUAGGCGAUGAUAUGCACGACUUCUCGUCAGAUCUCAGUAUGAGCAGUCUGCAAGUCUUGCCGCCCAGUGUCGACGCUCUCGGUCCUGUUCAGUUCUUCAGUUACGGGCCCGCUCGCGAUGAGGGUCAUGCCGAAUGGUUACCACCGUCGCGCGACUACCCAGUCGAAGACAGGGUGGUAUACGACGAAGACGAUCGUGAGCCAGCGCCCGGGAGUGCUCGCGCUUACCGCGCAACUGGGCAGCGGCGCCUCUCCUCGCCCCUUCCGACACUCCAUUCUUCGACUAAGCGCGGACGCUCUCCGUCUAUGUCGCUAUCACCAUCACCCCCGCCGAAGAGACGCGCGCCUGCUUCCAAACCCCAUCCACAAGCGCAGAACCUGUCCGCAUACGCGCAUCCAGCCUUUGCGACCGAUCCUGACGCAGGCUGGUCGACGCUACCUCCGCGGGCUAGUGCCAAGUCGACGUCGAAACUGAAGUCGAAGGGCGGCAAGUUCACAAUCCCUCUCGGGCGCCUGCUCGGUGGCGGGUCCGCGAACGCGGAGAAGGUGCGGGCGAAGGAGGUCGAGGCGUGGAAGAGGGACAAGGAGGACGUGCAAAGUCGGGAAAGGGGAAGGAAUGUGGAGAGAGAUGUGGCGAGUGCUCGGAGAGUGACGGUGUACCGUCCCCCACCGCGCAAGUAG